AUGUCUGCCGUGGUAGUUAAUCCUUAUGGCGACAAGGAGUUAUUACCAUCUGCCCUAGAGAGACAGUUUAGAGAUGGCUGCCAAGAAUUGUCACUCGAGUCAUUGUCUUGGGAUGGCAUCGUUUUUCAGGAUAGCUCUAAAACCGUGGACUAUGUUGACCACGUCGAAGCUGCAGAAAAGAUUAUACAAAAAGUGAUAAGUGAAUACAGUCAUCGAAUAGUUAUCAGGGAGAGUAUAAAAGCCUUGGACGAUUUCCCAUGUGUGAGGAUUCCCUUCAACGGCGAUGACAAUAGUUAUCAGGUGCCUUUGGGGAAUUUUGGUCUAGAUUGGUUAGCAUUCACAGUUGAUAUCUUCCUGUCCAGGGCACUCCGUGACCAGCAGCAGGUUCUUUGGGUGUCAGAUAAUGGUGUUCCAGACCUUGGUGGUCUAAACAAUGAAGAGACAUUCUUUGCUGAUGAGGUUCAACAGACAAGUUUGGUAUAUCCUGGAGCGUAUAGAAAAGUUUCUGCGGAGUUAAAGAUCCAUCACUUGGCUGUUAAUGCCCUACUGAAAAGCAACCUGGUGAGUGAGAUGGAAGGGGGUGACUUUUUGGGAUUUGAACAGGAUGGGAAUUCUAGAGGAAGUAGUUCGAACGUUAACGCCAGUUUUGAUAAGACCACUGGAUGUGCUCAGGCAUUUCGAGUCCUGAAACAGUUGAUUCACAGUUGCUUGACUGAUCGUUUGUCUUGGUGGCUCUGCAGCCCUUGCUGGAAGCUUCAUGAUCCAGCUAUUCAUCUCAUGCUUCACAAGAUCAUGCAAAAGGUGUUUGCGCUGCUUUUUACUGAUUUGCGGAGAUUAGGUGCUACAAUAAUAUUUGCAGACUUCUCAAAGAUCGUCAUCGACACAGGGAAAUUUGAUCUAUCUGCUGCGAAGGCUUAUUGUGACAGUUUGCUCACAGCUGUGGGGAACAGCGAUAUCUUUGAGUGGAUCUCGCUCGAACCGGUUCACUACUGGCACUCAUUACUUUUCAUGGACCAGUAUAACUACGCUGGUAUCCGAGCUACCGACGAUGAAAUUUCACCUGACGAAGUGACUAUUGAACCAAAGUGGAGUGUUGCUCGACUGUUCCCUGAGUAUAUUCAGAUACCAUCCAACUUCUAUAAUAUGCUUCAUACAAAAAUCAAUGAUAUCAUGACACACAUGAAGGAGAUGGACGUUUCAGAUGCAUCUCGGGAUUCUAGUCAAGCUCCCAAAAGAGAUUACACGUUAAAGUUCAUACAAACUAUCUGUGCUGUUCUGGCUCUUGACCAAAGUGUCGAGCACGAUGUUCUGUUAAUGAGAAAGAAUCUGUUGAAGUACAUCAACGUAAGAGAAUAUGCUGCUGAAGCCGAAUUUCUUGAUCCUGGACCCUCCUUUAUCCUGCCUAAUGUGGCUUGCAGCAACUGCGAUGCCUACAGAGACCUAGAUAUAGGCAGAGACCCAGCUCUAUUAACAGAGAAAGAAUGGUCAUGCGUAGAUUCACAAUGUGGGAAGAUAUAUGACAGAGAGCAGAUGGAGAAUAGUCUUCUCCAGAUGGUGAGACAGAGAGAAAGAAUGUACCACAUGCAGGAUCUAGUUUGCAUUAGGUGCAAUCAGGUGAAAGCCGCUCAUUUGACAGAGCAAUGUGAGUGUUCUGGAUCCUUUAGAUGCAAGGAGAGCGGGUCUGAGUUCCUCAAGAGGAUGGAGAUUUUCUUAGAUAUAGCAAAGCGUCAGAAGUUUAAACUCUUAGAAGAAUGCACAUCUUGGAUUUUAGAUCCCACCGGAAGCUGGCAAACCAAUACCGGAAGACACCAUUCAUAG